AUCAGCUGUCAGAGUAUGGCGGCAUCCAUAGGACGGAUAAGUCUGUCCGAGCAAAAAUACUGUAGGUCCGGGUUAUGAGUGACGCUGAAGGCUUGUGGGUGUUUGUCAACAGUCUGGGGGCAGCUUUGUUUUUGCUUAUCGUCUGGUACCAUUGGGUUGCCACGGUGAACAGGAUUGAGUGGUGCUCGCAUGAACACUUCUAUGACGCGAGACCAAAGCGUGGCUUUAACAACCAAGGGCGAAGACAUGUACACACAAGGCUUUCCUCGUCGGACUGAGGCCUAAUGGUACGCAGGGGAUGUUGAGGUUUGCUGGUACAAUAAGGGACAAUUAAAAAAAUAUUAAUUUUAAAGGUUCGUUAGAAACUUCGGAACAAGCCUUGAACGUGAGUCUUUGUUCCACGCUUUGCUGCACUGUUCACAGCGCUCCGCCAGCCCAGAUGCAGAGUUAAAACUACACGUCCCAGCGCGAGUCAUGGCUCUGCGGAGAGCUGCCGUCCGCGUGGUGAACUUGGGCCGCAUUCCCUACGGGCUUGGCUUAGAGAUGCAGCGACAGCAUGUCCGCCAGCAUCUGGACGCCCUGUCUCAGUCCACCGGCCCCCCGCCGAACACCCUCCUGCUGUGCGAGCACCCCCCGGUCUACACCACUGGCAUCAGGCAGGGCCCCUACCCCGCGCAGGAGGAGUGGCGGCUGAAGGGCCACGGAGCCGACUUCUUCCGCACGGACCGGGGCGGGCUCAUAACCUUCCACGGGCCCGGCCAGCUGGUGUGCUACCCCAUCCUCCACCUGGGCUGCUUCCGGAAGAGUGUCCGCUGGUACGUGUGCCAGCUGGAAAGGACGGUCAUCGGUCUGUGCGGGAAGUUGGGGAUCGCGGCCUCCACGUCUCCGGACACGGGCGUGUGGGUGGGGGACAAGAAGAUUUGUGCCAUAGGCAUCCAUUGUGGGAGAUACAUUACCUCUCAUGGCUUGGCUCUGAACUGCAACACUGAGAUGAGCUGGUUUGAGCACAUUGUACCCUGUGGGAUUGUGGGUAAAGGAGUCACCUCGUUAAGCAGAGAACUGAAAAGAGAUGUUACAGUAGCAGAGACUAUUCAGCCUUUUCUAGAUGCCUUUGCAGAAGAGUUCAACUGCAUUCUGUCCCUGGAAAACAUAAGAGAUCAUAAAAGCCAUCCAAGUGAAAAAAUACACGUAUAAGAGUGUGCACUGUCUGUUUUCUUCUUUCAUAUCACAAUGCACACCUUCAUAAAAUGUUUAAAACAUUUCAGGGCAUAAAAAAAACUAUCUAGAAUGAGAACAUCUCAGUUUAUUCUUAUAUUUUGACAAGAUUUUUACCCGCUAAAAUUAACUCCAGUCUUGUCAAUCUUUUUUUAAUCGGGCUGUUUUCAAAAUUGAAAUUAUUUGCUUAUAUAAUGGUUUCACUUAAUGUUCUAUUUAUUUUAAAGCAUUGAAAUAAUCAAUCACAGAUUCUGUUUUGUCAUUUUCCAUUCAGUACACAUCACUUUAGAAUAUAGAUACUUUACUGCCAUCUGGUGAUGAAAAAUUAUAUUUUUUUAAUGAAUGUACUGUAGCCUCUGUAUUUCACUGUUUGUAAUGUUAAUGUGAAGAAGAAGACACCGUAAAAAUAAAACUCUUGCUGCUUUUUGUUUAACA